AUGGGUCUCAUAGAUGUGCUCAAGUCGUUCAAAUCCCCAAGUGGACGCGAGAUUCGUAUUCUUCUACUCGGACUCGACAACGCGGGAAAGACAACAAUACUGAAGCAGUUGUCGUCGGAAGACGUGACUCAUGUGACGCCGACGAAGGGAUUCAACGUCAAAACAGUGGCUGCAAUGGGCGAUAUCCGGCUGAAUGUGUGGGACAUCGGAGGGCAGCGGUCGAUCCGUCCCUACUGGGCCAACUACUUCGACAAUAUCGACACGCUCAUCUUCGUGAUCGACAGCAACGACAAGAAACGAUUCGAUGAGAUGAACAUGGAACUCGGCGAUCUGCUCGAUGAGGACAAGCUGGCCAAGGUGCCCGUGCUAAUUUACGCCAACAAACAGGACCUCCCGACUGCCGCCACUGCAGAAGAUAUUUCCGAACGGUGAGUGCUCCGUGAGCAUUCGGUUGAUUUCCCCUGUUGUCUUAGACUGAAGCUCAGCCUGCUCCGUGACCGUCCGUGGCACAUCCAAGCCUGCUCGGCUGUCAGAAACGAGGGAAUCAACGAUGGAAUCACUUGGGUUUCCAACCAUCUGAAGGAAGUUAGAAAGAAAUAGUCACAUUUCGUACUUCUUAUAGAUUAUGCCGCAUCUGCGUUCUGUUGAAUUGAAGAGUUCAGCAGAGCGCGGUUGUUUGUGAGACUUUCUGAUUAUCCAAUCAUUCCCUUAAAUAUCCAUGAAUGUCAUCGCUUUUUCGUAUUUCUCAUAUUUAGUUCAGAACAAUUAUUCGUCUAUGUUCAAUAAAUAAGCGUCUUAUUCGUCUUUGUUUUUUUGUUGCUGCCGAUUCCCCAGCUCCACCUCCCAAAUGCUAAUUUCUCUUUAUUACAGACUCUCAUCAGCUCGCAUCCCAUCUCGAUCGACACAUACAAAAAGGAGGUGGAAAAUGUAAGGCUUCUGAAGUAGUCAAGGCGAUCGCGUGACGUGGUGCGGCGCGCGGAUAAUAAGCACAUACGCCAGACAUGAUUAGUUUUUCGCUCGAUUUUCUGUCUUGUUAUUCAGGCCGUCGAGCUGCUCUACAAAGCUGAUCAUUUCCAUUAUUUCUUCACCGACAGAGAUGGAACAUUGAAGAGUUACUCGUGCAGUUAUCCGUCCAGCAUUCAGCCAGCCUACUCUGGAGUCAUUCAAGUGAGUUUCCACCGGAAACUGCCCGUUACCUGAGCACUGACACCCAACUAUUUAGGCUCAAUUUGCUCGUAGAUGUGCACAAACAUGUGUGAUCCUGACUACUGCUCCACUCAUGCACAUAGGUAGGAGUCAUCAGGCAACUAUCCGGAACGUCAUCUGUCUCAUUACAGGAGUCCUCGACGUCUCUACAAUUCCAAACGGCUACUACUACUUCGGAGCUUCCGGAGGACGUGAAUGGUUCAUUGAUUCCGGGCACCAUUUCAAGGAUGAAUCCAUUCUGAAAGGAGAGAAAGUUGACGUGCUGGCUAGUGUAAGCUAAAAUCAGAAAAACUCUGUUUACCAUUACUUUUUGUUAUUUCAGGCGUUCACCAGAAUCUCGCACCUUCUCGAGGAGGCCGAGUUCCGCCCGUUCACCUGGGUUGGAUCUGGUCUUCAGAAGCAUUACGGUCACUUGACAAUUGCGUAUCAGGAUGUGUACAAAAGCAUUAGUGAGGAACAGGGAAAACGAUUAUUCGAGGAGGUUGAGAAAAUUAUAAAUGAUGUGGAUCCGCAGGGAACACGACUUCAAUUGUCGAGCACCGAAUUUGAUAUCAAAGUGAACAUGAAGGUAACGAUUUAAAGGAACCGGUGAAGCGACCUUUAACAAAUGAGUUUCAGACAGAAAACGACGGAAGAGUGUUCGAUAAAGGAGAUGGGCUCAGAAUGCUUUGCGAGAAAAUGCACUGUGAUUUGACUGUAAGCAAUCAAAACUAAAUGAAAUAAGUAUAUUUGUUCAGGAGGGAAAUGUGUUGGUAUGCGGAGAUUCGUCGACUGAUAUUCCAAUGCUCAAAGAGUGUUUGCUCCGGAAUGCACAAGGCGUGUACACUAUUUGGGUGACAACAAACGAGAAACUGCAGGAAGAGGUGAGCAAGCUCUCUGCCGCACUACAGUACCCUAACGUACUCCUUGCAGGUCCGUGCUCUUUGCGCCUCUUUCAAAAACUCCAACAUCGCGUUCGUUUCGUGCCCGGAGGUACUUCUCGGCGCCAUGGCUCAGGCAACCAUUCGCGAGAUCAACAUCACGAGAACUCGAAAACUAUCCAGACACAUUGUAUGA